AUGGUUCCGUGUAGCGGCAUUGCUUGGGGAGGCAGCGCUCACAGUGACAGGGGAUGAUGCUCCAGCUGCAGCCGGUGGGAGGCAGAGUCAGCCCAGCAAUCUUAGCUCAGGAGUGAAAGGCAAGAAUCACAGCUUCCCCUCCAGCUCUCCCUCAUACCCACAAUGCACAGAGUCUGACACCAAAAUAGAAAUCUGGAAGCCAGGUAACAUGGCGAUCCUCAGCAGCACCUCUGGCUGAACGCAUCUCCCGGGAGCGCUGGGUAUAGUGACUGCUUUAGGCGCCUUGUAUGAGCGGCGUGGCGGGAGGCGAUUGCCCAGUUCUUUGUACGUUGCCGGAGUGAAGGUUAAGCAGCAUGGCAGCAUCCGAGCUCUAUACAAAGCAUGCAAGGGUUUGGAUCCCUGACCCGGAGGAAGUAUGGAAAUCUGCAGAGAUCCUCAAGGACUAUAAGCCUGGGGACACUGUUCUUCGGUUACGUUUGGAGGAAGGCACGGAUUUGGAAUACCGUCUCGAUGCCAAGACAAAGGAGCUCCCCCCUCUGAGAAACCCAGACAUCCUGGUGGGAGAGAAUGACCUCACUGCCCUGAGUUAUCUCCAUGAGCCAGCUGUACUUCACAAUUUGAAAGUGCGAUUUAUAGACUCCAAACUCAUUUAUACCUACUGCGGCAUUGUUCUUGUAGCUAUAAACCCUUAUGAGCAGUUACCCAUCUAUGGCUCAGACAUCAUUAAUGCAUACAGUGGGCAGAAUAUGGGGGACAUGGAUCCCCAUAUUUUUGCGGUGGCGGAAGAAGCAUAUAAACAAAUGGCCAGGGAUGAGCGCAAUCAGUCGAUUAUUGUAAGUGGAGAAUCUGGAGCGGGGAAAACGGUCUCUGCCAAGUAUGCCAUGAGAUACUUUGCAACAGUCAGUGGUUCUGCCAGUGAAACAAAUGUUGAAGAAAGAGUGUUGGCCUCCAAUCCCAUCAUGGAGUCUAUAGGUAAUGCAAAAACCACAAGGAAUGAUAACAGCAGUCGCUUUGGCAAAUACAUUGAAAUUGGCUUUGAUAAACGCUACAGAAUCCUAGGUGCCCACAUGAGAACCUAUUUGCUGGAAAAAUCUAGAGUGGUGUUUCAGGCCGAAGAAGAGAGGAAUUACCACAUUUUCUAUCAGCUCUGCGCAUCUGCUUCACUGCCUGAGUUCAAGAUGCUUCGACUGGGCACUGCCAAUGAUUUCCAUUACACAAAGCAAGGAGGCAGUCCAGUGAUUGAAGGAGUUGAUGACCAGAGGGAAAUGAAAAACACAAGGCAAGCUUGCACCUUACUAGGAAUUGGAGACUCGUAUCAGAUGGGAAUAUUCAGAAUUUUAGCUGCUAUACUUCACCUGGGUAAUGUGGAAUUUAAGUCUCGGGAUUCAGAUAGCUGUUUAGUCCCACCAAAACACGCACCCCUUAAUAUAUUUUGUGACCUCAUGGGUGUGGAGUACGAAGAGAUGUCUCAUUGGCUGUGUCACAGGAAGCUUGUUACUGCUGCUGAGACCUACAUCAAGCCCAUUUCCAGGCUACAGGCCACCAAUGCCAGAGAUGCCCUGGCUAAACAUAUAUAUGCUUUCUUGUUUAACUGGAUUGUGUGUCAUGUCAACAAAGCUCUUCAUUCCUCAACAAAGCAGAAUUCAUUUAUUGGAGUCCUUGAUAUUUAUGGGUUUGAAACAUUCGAAAUCAACAGCUUUGAACAAUUUUGUAUCAACUACGCUAACGAAAAGCUCCAGCAGCAGUUCAAUUUGCAUGUUUUUAAGUUGGAGCAAGAAGAAUAUAUGAAGGAGCAAAUUCCAUGGACAUUGAUUGAUUUUUAUGAUAACCAACCUUGUAUCAAUCUUAUUGAAGCAAAAAUGGGUAUUCUGGAUCUGCUUGAUGAAGAAUGCAAGAUGCCCAAAGGGUCAGACAGCACCUGGGCCCAGAAGUUAUACAAUACUCAUCUCAAAAAAUCUGCAUUAUUUGAAAAGCCGCGUCUGUCUAAUGUGGCUUUUAUUAUCAAACACUUUGCAGACAAGGUAGAGUACCAGUGUGAAGGUUUUCUGGAAAAGAACAAAGAUACAGUGUUUGAAGAACAAAUUAAAGUGCUGAAAGCAAGUAAGAAGAAGUUUACACUGCUAACAGAACUGUUCCAAGAAGAGGAGCAGAUCUUGAGCCCUACAUCUUCUGCACCACCCUCAGGCCGUACUCUGCUAUCCCGCACUGGUCUGCGUUCCCUCAAGCCCAAGCCUGAACAGACAAGCAAGGAGCAUAAAAAAACUGUAGGACAUCAGUUCAGAAAUUCCCUUCACCUUCUGAUGGAGACUCUCAAUGCCACAACUCCACAUUAUGUCCGUUGCAUUAAGCCAAAUGACUUCAAGUACCCGUUCACAUUUGACUCUAAACGAGCAGUGCAGCAGCUUAGGGCUUGUGGCGUCCUGGAAACCAUCCGAAUCAGUGCUGCUGGAUUUCCUUCUAGGUGGACAUAUCAGGAAUUUUUUAGCAGAUAUCGUGUUUUAAUGAAGCAAAAAGAUGUCCUCAGUGAUAGGAAGCAAACCUGCAAAAAUGUUCUGGAGAAGCUUAUUUUGGAUAAGGAUAAGUACCAGUUUGGUAAGACAAAGAUUUUUUUCCGUGCUGGCCAAGUGGCCUAUCUGGAGAAGAUCCGAGCAGACAAGCUGAGAAUGGCCUGUAUCAGGAUCCAGAAGACAAUCCGAGGAUGGCUUUUGAGGAAGAAAUACUUGCGCAUGAGGAAAGCAGCCAUAACAAUCCAGCGCUACGUCAGAGGAUACCAGGCACGAUGUUAUGCACAGUUUCUGCGUAGAACACAGGCCGCGAUUAUUAUCCAGAAAUUCCAAAGGAUGUAUGUCGUUCGGCAAAAGUACCGUCAUAUGCAGUCCAUUACCCUUGCUCUCCAGUCGUAUAUGCGUGGUUAUGCAGCCAGGAAGAGAUUUCAGGGGAUGCUUAGAGCACACAAAGCUACCAUCAUCCAGAAGCAUGUGCGCGGCUGGUUAGCCCGUGUCACUUAUAAGAGAAAUUUGAGUGCUAUUGUGUACCUGCAGUGUUGUUACCGCAGGAUGAUGGCCAAAAGGGAGCUGAAGAAGUUAAAGAUAGAGGCACGCUCAGUGGAACACUACAAGAAACUCAACAAUGGGAUGGAAAACAAGAUCAUGCAGUUGCAGCGUAAAGUUGAUGAGCAGAAUAAAGACAACAAAUCCUUGCUGGAGAGGCUAACACACCUGGAGGUCACGUACAAUACUGAAAAAGAUAAGCUGAGAAGCGACGUCGACAGACUGCGCCAUUUUGAAGAGGAGGCCAAAAAUGCAGCAAACAGGAUGGUCAGCUUGCAGGACGAGCUUGCCAGGCUUAGGAAAGAGCUGCAGCAAACACAGACGGAAAAGAACAAGAUUGAGGAACGGGCAGAGAAGUACCAGACCGAGACUGAAAAGCUGGUUGCUGAGCUGAGAGAACAGAAUGCUUUGCUGAAAGCUGAGAAAGAGGAACUGAAUCUUUUAAUCCAGGAGCAGGCAAAAAAAAUGACAGAGGAUAUGGAAAAGAAAAUUAUAGAAGAAACAAAGCAGUUGGAGCUUGAGCUGAAUGAUGAACGACUGAGGUACCAGAAUCUCCUAAACGAGUACAGCCGCCUGGAGGAGCGAUAUGAUGACCUUAAAGAUGAAAUUAAUACCAUGAGUCCUCCAAAGCCAGGACACAAGCGCACAGACUCUACUCAUAGCAGCAAUGAAUCAGAAUACACUUUUAGUUCAGAGAUCACAGAGUCAGAAGAUUACCCAUAUCGAAAUGAGGAGCCUGCUGACAGAAAAACUCCGCUGGACAUGUCCCUGUUCCUUAAGCUUCAGAAACGGGUAAAGGAACUUGAGCAGGAAAAGCAAGUAAUGCAAGAUGAUUUGGAUAAGAAGGAGGAGCAGAUAAUCCGAGCCAAAAUAAUGGAGGAGGCAAAGACUCCAACUAGAGGUACAGAACUGGAAUAUGAAUCACUCAAGCGUCAAGAACUGGAAUCUGAAAAUAAAAAACUUAAGAAUGAGUUAAAUGAGCUGCGAAGGGCAAUCACUGAGAAAGCCUCCCCAGAUGCUACAGGCCCUGGUGGAACUGUCUAUAAAGUUCUCUUGGAGCAGAUGACGUCAGUAAGUGAGGAACUUGAAGUACGCAAGGAAGAAGUCCUUAUACUGAGGUCCCAGUUGGUGAGCCAAAUGGAAGCCAUUCCACACAAGGAUGACAAGGACACAAUGACCGAUUCCAUGGUCCUCUCUGAGGAUGUACAGAAGAUGAAGGAUAAAAGGGAAAUUGCUCAGGCCUACACUGGCAUGAAGGAGACAAAUAGUCUUGAAACUAUUGAAAGAAACCUGCCUCCAGACUACCAAGCCCUAAAUGAGGACGGAGAGCUGUGGCUGGUUUAUGAUGGGUUAAAACAGGCCAACAGGGUUUUGGAAUCCCAGCUGCAAUCACAGAAAAAGGCCUUUGAGAAUGAAGUGGAAGCUCUCAGAGGUGAGAUCCAGGCUCUAAAAGAGGAGAACAACCGGCAGCAGCAACUUUUAGCCCAGAACCUCCAGUUGCCACCUGAAGCACGAAUCGAAGCCAGCUUGCAGCAUGAAAUCACCAGGCUAACCAACGAGAACUUGUUUUUUGAGGAGUUAUAUGCAGAUGAACCCAUGAAGUAUCAAUCGUACCGGAUCUCCCUGUACAGACGGAUCAUUGAUCUGAUGGAGCAACUUGAAAAGCAAGAUAAGACUGUCCGCAAACUGAAAAAGCAGUUGAAAGUCUUUGCCAAGAAAAUUGGAGAGCUGGAAGUUGGUCAAAUGGAAAAUGUUUCUCCUGGUCAGAUAGUGGAUGAACCCAUUCGUCCUGUUAAUAUUCCGCGCAAAGAGAAGGACUUCCAAGGAAUGCUGGAAUAUAAGAAAGAGGACGAACUAAAGCUUGUCAAAAACCUCAUUUUAGAACUGAAGCCUCGUGGUGUCGCGGUCAACCUCAUUCCAGGACUGCCAGCAUAUAUCUUGUUCAUGUGUUUGCGUCAUGCUGAUUACCUCAAUGAUGAUCAGAAAGUUCGCUCCUUGCUUACAUCAACUAUUAAUGGUAUCAAGAAAAUCUUAAAGAAAAGAGGAGAUGAUUUUGAAACGGUGUCCUUCUGGCUGUCCAAUUCGUGUCGGUUCCUCCAUUGCUUGAAGCAGUACAGUGGAGAAGAGGGAUUUAUGAAGCACAACACCACACGGCAGAAUGAGCACUGUCUGACCAACUUUGACCUUGCGGAAUACAGACAAGUCUUGAGUGAUCUGGCUAUUCAGAUUUACCAGCAGUUGGUCAGAGUGUUGGAAAAUAUCUUGCAGCCAAUGAUUGUUUCAGGAAUGCUGGAGCACGAGACUAUUCAGGGUGUCUCAGGGGUCAAGCCUACCGGUCUUAGGAAGAGAACUUCCAGCAUAGCAGAUGAAGGGACGUACACAUUAGACUCCAUUGUGAGGCAGCUUAAUACCUUCCAUUCCAUAAUGUGUCAGCAUGGGAUGGAUCCUGAACUCAUCAAGCAGGUGGUCAAGCAAAUGUUCUACAUCAUCGGUGCUGUCACACUCAACAACUUGCUCUUGCGAAAGGACAUGUGCUCUUGGAGCAAAGGCAUGCAGAUAAGGUACAACGUGAGCCAGUUGGAAGAAUGGCUGCGUGACAAGAACCUGAUGAAUAGCAGCGCUAAAGAAACCCUGGAGCCAUUAAUUCAGGCUGCUCAGUUACUGCAGGUGAAAAAGAAAACAGACGAAGAUGCAGAAGCCAUCUGCUCCAUGUGCAAUGCUCUGACUACUGCCCAGAUUGUCAAGGUGUUGAACCUGUACACUCCAGUAAAUGAGUUUGAAGAGCGGGUGUUGGUAUCAUUUAUACGGAAUAUACAGAUGCGUUUAAGGGAUAGGAAGGACUCCCCUCAGCUGCUAAUGGAUGCUAAGCAUAUCUUCCCUGUCACCUUCCCAUUCAACCCUUCGUCGCUUGCCCUAGAAACAAUUCAGAUUCCUGGCAGUCUUGGCCUUGCCUUCCUCACACGUGUUUAAUAUAUAUAUAUAUAUAUAUAUAUAUACACAUAUAUGCACUGCCUGCGAUUGAAGUACCAUCCAUCUGAACGCCAUGUGGAUGCUGUAUAUUUGCAACUUCUGAUGGUGGAGAGACUUAAGAAAAUAUGGCACCUUGCAUCAUUCAUUAUAAUUGUCUAUACACUUACAGAGUCAUGGUUUUAAAUAGUCUUUAUCCUCAAAGUCCCUUUUUUGGAUUAUCAGUACUUUUUGUUAUUUAAGGUCUAUUAGACAUUCCUUUGCUGGCAGGGCCCUAAACAAUAAUACUGGCUCACAGUUUCUGCAUUGGACCAUAAAAGUAAGGAGGGAGGUAUUUUUUUUUCUUUUUUAAGUUUUUGUAGAGUAUUUAGCCCACCUUCAGUGGAUCAGUAUGGGCUCAGGUGUGCAUUAUGCACACAGUCACCAAUAGUCAAACCACAUCACUAUUUAUGUCUGUUGGAUAACUAUAAAAAGACAAGUAUUAAGGACAGCUGUGUAAUGUAGAUGUUCAUUUGUUAGCACUGUGGUUUAUUCUCCAUAUUAAAUUGCUGCUGUGUAAUGUGUUCUAUUCUUGUGAAUAUAUCUGUGUUAGGCACUACAGGCAUAGUCAUCUCUAUUACCCUGCUAUGUUUACAGUCCCAUGUCAUCUGUUUUUUUUAGUGUAAGUCAUAUAUAUAUAUACUACAGAAUAUUUUUCCUUUAAGAUAAAAGAGGCACUUUAAGCACAUACAUCUCAGUGAUAAACAAACCUCUUAAGAGUAAAAUAAAGAGAGCCUUAAAGAACAAAUAUCUGGAGAUUUAUUUUUGGAGGCCUUUGCUCUUGUUUUUUUUUUUUUCAUUCUUGGAUAUUUUCUUUGAAUACAGUAUUUUGCGCUGAUGGUUUUAAUGAUGUUUCUUGUGUUUCCAGUGUAGCACUGAUAUUACUUGUUUAUGAUGUUUAGCCACAGAAUGUUUGGGUUUUUUUUAAUAAGGUUAUAUUUAUUCAUGGAUAUUAUGUUUUGGGAGGAUAAAAAAGUAUAAUAAUAUUAAAGAUAUGUGCAUAGUAUUUGUAGCACUUUGGACAAUACAACUUGUGAUUAUAUAAAUCUGGGCUGUCCAGUUGGUGUCUCUACAGCUAUUGGACUACAACUUGCAGAAUCCUGCUGGGAAGUUUUAGUUUAAAAGCUAAAUAUGAUAUAGGCACUGUUAGUAUCCCUCCUUAGUAUACCAGAUGCUAUUCUUUCCACUGUUGCUGCCUAUGCAGUCCAGAGAAAUGGUUGUGUUUUCUCCCUCUUUCCUUGCAGCUAGCGUUCUGCAGUGGUUCCAGAUAAACUGGUACCCAGGGCAGUUUACUUCGCCCAACAUUUGCUUUUUAGGCACGAGGGAUUAUAAAUUGCAGAACUGCUAGGAGUCUCUGAUACCAGCCUGGCAAAGACAGAACAUUGGAUUUCCAAAUGAAGCAAGGGGAGAAUUAAUUAUAUAUGCAGGCCACAGGCAGUUGAUCAGGUGACAGAACUGCAUUGUUCAUUAGGUAUCUGCUGCAAAACUGCAAUUCCCAGUAGCCUCAACACCACUGGGGGUUGCUGGAAGCUGUAGUUCUAGCGACGGUUGGAGCAUCAAAGGUUGCUCAACGUUUAAUUUUUUUCCUGUUUUUGUUCCAAGAGUAUAUAUGAUCUUGCUAUACUGUAUAUUACAUUUAGAAAGGGAGAUGGAAUCACUCCAUUUCAAGUAGGCUGUCCAUUGUAAUAACAGCCUGACGUUGUUGACUCUAUAUAAUCAGAAUUAUGUUUAUAACACAAAAUGUCCCAGUCCAUCCCUGCAAUCUAGUGCAUUAAUGUGUAAUGAGUAACCUGUGACAAUCUACUAUUUUAGCAUGUUAGCUGCUAAAUAAUUUUAUAGUUAGUGUGGUUAGUUGGUACAUUAAUCCUUUCCUAUCCUAUCAGAUACGUACAUGAAAUAUAGCUGAAUUGUAAUGUAUAGCUUAAUCUCACGCCACCAUGCUUUGUGACAUUGACAAUCCUCUGUAUCUAAACAAACAAGUGCAUGACCAAAGCCUCCAAGUUAGAUGCAGCAAAAAAGUACUUUAAAAUAGCUUUACAGAUAGAUAGUCUAGCUCAUCUAAAGCAUUUGCAUGAAUGAAUAAUUUAGUAGAGCUGCUAUACGACACUCUGAUUAUUAAAGGCUGGUGGCAAAUUGCAGGAAGGUUUUACUUUAUGCAUUAUUAAAGGGGAAGUUCACCUUUGCAUACAAUUUUAGUAUGUGUUUAGAUGAACCUAUUCUUACCAAUCUCUGAUUACUAGGUUUAGCAUCCUAGCAUAAAAUGCAGAGGUCACUUAAAACAGCAUUCCUUAUCAUUGCCUUUGAUUCUUUUUUUCUCACUUUGUACACUGUCUUGCCAUCUGAAUUUUUUCCAUUGGCCUGAAUGGGUUACUCCAGAAAAUACACAGCUUGAUACGACUAGUUCUUUUAAAUUUAGGUGCAGGGUGUAAAAUAACACAUAAAGAGAAAUAUACAGGUUACAUAUAGACCAGUAUCUGUAAUGUUUAUGAAAGCAAGCUUCAUAAAUUAUUUUCUCCCUUAAAUUAGCCUUUUUCAUAGUAAUAGAAGCAGUUCAUACAAUCAGCAAGCAAAAAUGGGUCAAGACCUAUACUGGUGCAUGAUUCAUAUGACAAAUCUCCUCAUAUCUGAUUGUAAUUAUUGUUGUUUUUGUUAAACAAUAAAAAGAAGUUACAAAAAAAAAAAAAAAAAAGAAACAAUACCUGAAACGAAAGCCGCUAAACCUGUUAUCUUGGUUCCUGGGUAGUGUCACUAAGUACGGUGUUACUGAUAAACCAGUAAUGCCCAUGAAGUAUCAUUAGUGAGCCAAGUUGUAAUUGCACUUGGUAGGAGGGGUUUCAGAAAAGCUGCAAAACAGAAUAUUGAGUUUUCUCAUUUUCUGUGAUACGUGUCAACCUUUCCCAGUUAAUACAUUCCAAGAAUUGCUUGACGGUUGUCCCAAAUAAAGGCAGAGCUGGUGUUGCCGACCGUCCAUUAAGAAUAAUGCUUGAUUCCAAAUAAAUAGCAACUACAAGGAAAACAGAUGAUAAUACUGUAUAAUGAUUGUGAUAGUGGUUGUGGGAAGUCUGUAAACUGAGACAGUUUUAUUCCAAAUUCAACGGCAGCUUUCCAUGUAUAUUCUUGCAAACUCAGAGGGUUCUCAAAGCCUGGUUAAAAAAAAAAAAAAAAAAAAAUCUAAUCUUGAGGUAUCCAUGCUCCCUUAUUUAUGUGAUUCUGCAGCCAAAUGGCCUUGUGUGGGUAUAGUAUGUGAUGUAUUAUGUCUGUGUAGGAUCCAUAAGCCAUUUAAACUGAUCAUCAUUUUCAAAAUGAAAUAUUAAUGUAGAGACCAAUCUGUUUUGUUUAUAUAAAUCAACUGGUGAAGGAUCCACACUCUCAGGAGUGUUGCUCAAUAAAAAGUCUACUUUUUGCACUCAAGUCCUGAGAGUGCGGAUCCUUUGCCAGUUGAUGUUCGUGUUAUUUGCUUUAUGGACUGCACCCAGGCACCCUCAUCUACUAUAUUGUGAGUGCUGACUUGCUUUUGCAUAUUACUUAGGGACCUGCAAAAGGGGAAGAAACUUGGUAGCAAUAGAAAUUGUGUCUGUUAGGCUAUGGACUCAUUCAGUAUUUGCAGCUAUUACUCCAGCUGGGUAGCUGGGUCUUGUGCAUGAAUAUAUUUAUAUAACAACUGACAUUGUUCUAGAUUGAGAGCUACUAGUUAGAUGGUAUAAAAUGCAUACAAGUGAUGCCUGCACCUGCACCAAGUUGAUGAACUAUCAUUCCAAGCUGCACCAUCUAAAAAAAUAAGUUGCAGGACAAGCAGUCCAGCAACAAAUUGUUUAUUUUUGUAAAUCAUCCUAUUAUAACUACCAUUACACAGCCACAGUCCUUUUUCAAAAGCUACAACCCUUACUGCCUGGGCACAACUUCAUACUACUUCCUGCCAUUAGUCUGCCAUGAGAAAUCAUGGGGCCUCCUAUACCACUGCCUUUGACCAGAACAGCUCCUUGCACCGGCAAUUGCAUUGCCCCCCCCAUAAGAAUGUUUAUCAAAACUGGAAGGACACUGAUUUCACAAGUCUACCCAAACUCCAUGGAUAGUUUUAUAUAAUCAUAAGCAAUACCUCCUAAUGGUAUCCAUUGUUCAAUCCCACAUAAUGUUCCCACAAUGGGUUGGGACUUCAUUGGAAUAUGGCUGGAGUUGUGUUCCCACAAAGGGUUGGGACUAUAUCCAAAUAUGGCUGGAAUUUGGCAUGUCAGGGCAUAACUGGAUGUGUUCAGGGCAGACCUGGGUUGUGGUCCAAGUUGUCCCUUAUAUUUUAAAUUGAAUGUUGGGAUGUCAUAAUCUAUGUGAAGAAUUUUCUUUACACAGAAUCGCUUGAGAACUAAUGUUCUGUUACAGCUUGUCCUGGCCAUCAUGAAACACAAAAUGAAGUCAUUGAAGUACUCUGAAACCCAAACAAACACAAAUCUGUAGUAGCUGAUGUGGUCCUAUGUGCCUGUGUGCAUCACUAAUGCUUUAACAAGAUAUCACUACAAAAUGGUUUAAUAAAAUAUAUAAAA